AGGUCAUUGUUCCUGCUGCUGUCAUGGACUUCAGUGCGGUGUUCCUGUCCUUCCUCAUGGUGUCUCUGAGCUGGUCCAGAGGAGCCGUCAUCACUGGGGCCUGUGAUAGAGAUCUGCAAUGUGGUUUUGGUCUUUGCUGUGCAGUCAGCCUGUGGCUUAGGGGUCUGAGAAUGUGCAUCCCAAGAGGAGUGGAAGGGGAUGAGUGCCACCCCAUCAGCCACAAGGUACCAUACGGAGGGAAGCGGCUACAUCACACUUGUCCCUGCCUCCCCCACUUGGUGUGCACCAGAUAUGCUGAUGGCAAGUAUAGGUGUACUGAAGACUUCAAAAACAUGGACUUUUAACAGAUGCCCAAACUCUCAAAUGAAGAGAGCUCAACAGAAGUGAAGAACAAAGCCUGGAACAACCCGUGGAUAACAGUCUUCCUCAGUGACUGUGUUUUUCAUUUGCACUUAAAUAUAUAACUGGGAUACAACUUAUGCACAUAUCAAGAACAUGACGAGGGAUGAAAUAUGG